AUGGCUUUUGCAAAUAAAAUUGGUAAUUUUUUGAAGAAAUCUGUAACUUCCAGUCCAUUAUUUCAAGCAGCAAGGUGGAUGUCAUCUUUAAAAGCUUUUGUUGGAGGACUUUUAUAUGGCAUAGAUGAUCACAGUCUGAGAGAAAUAUUUACUAGUUUUGGUGAAGUGGUUGAAGUUCGAGUUAUCAUGGAUAGGGACACUAGACAAUCCAACUGGGUUAGAUUUGUGAUAUUUACUUCUAGCGAACAAGCCUCUGCUGCCAUUAGUGGCAUGGAUGGAAAGGAUAUUCAUAGUCGGAUGAUUAGAGUUAAUUAUGCUACUGAUCGAACGGGUGGAUUUCGUGGUGGUAGUAGUGGUUAUAGAGGCAGCUAUGGUAGUGGUGGCUACGGUGGUAGGGGUGGUGCUUCUGGAGGUGGCUAUGGUGAUUAUGGAUCCGUGAUCCCAGAAGUAGAUUGA